AUGAAGAGUCCGCAGAGAACUAAACAAGAAUUAAGAAACGAUAAGGAGUGCGCUUCAGAACAUCAGAACCAGUCUUUGCCCAAUAAACCCGUUUGUUGUCCAAGCCAAGAUAAGUCUUUAGCUAAAUUCCGGCAGUUGAAAGACUGUGUUCCUUUCAUAGAACACAAUGCGAGACAUAGCACUAGAACUACUCCCUUAAGAACCAAUGCUUAUACAACCAAGAUAUCUUGCUGUAGAUUAAUGAUAUCUAAUUGGACUGCAAUUAGAUUGUGUGUCUUGUUAGUACUGUUGCAUUGGACCAGUAUAGUCAGUGGCUCGAAUAUGGAAAUAUAUCAGCCGGGUUUGCCAAGUUCAGAGGAGAUACUUAAAUCUCUAAAAAAGAUUGGGUUCAGUUGGAGCUUCAAUGGCACGAAUCCUCGUGUUGUAUUCUGUUCUUCAGAGGAAACUCCGGAAUCUACACCUACUCCAGAUGUUACUGAUAAUACUAACCCAAAUUCAACCCAACCGAACUCAUCACUUAGGUAUGCGAUAGUUGAGCCAACCCUGCACCUUUAUUAUACAUUACCAAUCUAUCCAGAUUCACCAGCGAUUGCAUUGCAUGAGAUAAGAAAAAUUACUAUGAUUAAUGCCGAAGAUGUUGAGAUUAACUAUAAUAGGGCCAGUAUAGCGUUCCAUAAAGAGUGUUUGGUGCUUCUAUGCCGACUUCUUAACCUAUUUGUAUGUAAGGAGUUGAAAUUUACAGUUAAUUACUAUGAGAACUUGGAUAAAUAUAAAGGUGGUUUCGAUUUAGAUAGGGGACGAAAAGAAGCUAAAAAUGCAAUUGACUGGGAUGACUCAACGCCAUUUCACUUAACUAUUAAUUCAGAUAUGGCAUCGAAUGCCCUUCUAAAGUAUAUAUUUAAUGGCCUCGUUAUAUUGCGGCCUGUUUCAGGCAUCACUUUGCCUAGCAAGUAUGUCCCAGAUCUCUCUGGAUAUCUCAAACCUCUAUCACUAUCAAGCAACUACACUCUCAUAAUUCGUUAUGAAAAACGAAAUGUUAAGAUUAACUUGAAACGCAUUCAAAAAGCUGCUCAUAAAUGCGCCAAAAUCAUCUUCGAUAUUCACGAAGUUAGUGACCCAGUAAUAACCGGACUUGAGGAAGAAGUACCUGCAAAAAGCCCAACUAUAAUUCUAACCGGAUCUGGGCAUUCCAUUCAAUAUAUUGCAAAGCACAAUAGGUCUCGAGUCAAGGUUCAUGUUUUGGUAUACAAUACUUUUCACUCGGGGUUUAUUAAGUCAUUGAUCAAGGCCGCCAAAGCUAAAAAGGCUUCUAAAUCCCGUAUCGUAGCCGGCAAGGCUAUUCUUGCACUCUCGGAUUCGACCCCUUGCGAUUUCCCGGCUUAUCACAAGCAAGUAUUAACUACGGAAACCUUUGCUAAAUCUGGCAUUGCUGUUAAAGAUAUCGAGUUUAAGUAUGAGGAUGGUCGAUGGGACUUCUCUGCUGAAUUAGAGUCUCUUGUAUAUUACAAGGUGUUAUCAGAAAUGCCAACGAAUCUUGCUGGUAAGAAUAUUGUGUGCCUUGGUCAUGCACUUAGUGACCCUUGUUGGGAACUUAAAGAAGUAGUCGAUCUCAAACUCAACAAGUUCGGUCUCUGGCCUAUCUGCCCGAAUAUACGCUACACAACACUUAGUAUUAGUGGUGAUAAAAAUCCUGAUCAGAACCACACAUGCGCCUGCAAUGGCCUUCUACGGCAUUUACGAAGCAUCAAUGCGCAGGAACUUCGCAUCUCAAAUGUGCGUGAUUGUCCUUCAACUAACACUAACUUUGACAUGGCCAAACUAGAAAGCGAUUUAGCUAAUCUUCUAAAACACAACCUCAAUGUCGAGAUUUUGAUUCUAGACGAUGUCGAUGAAUGUAUUUUAUACCGAAUGCUAGGCUGUUAUGACUUUACUUGCUCAAAACUAACCGAAAUUCAUCUCCUAAAUCACCGCUUCACUAGUCUUGCUAUCGCCCAAAUACUAACCCUUCCUAUGGCUAAAAAGAUCUCCAAACUCGUAAUCGAUGGCAUCAGUCGUCUAAAUGAGAUCAAGCAUUUCCACCAGCGAAAAGAAUUGAAUGAGUUCUCACUGUUUAACUAUCUCGAAAAGCGCAAAGGGAAGCGUAAAGGGAAGAAAGAAACUGAAGAGAUUGACCUCCACAAACUCGUUCUACGCCCAGAACCCACCAUCUUUGACUCGUAUAACAUACCCUUACAAGCUCUCAGGGGUCUUGGUGUCCAAGUACUAACCUCGUCUGAUAAAUACAGCACUGAUCCUCCUUUCCCCCGCCAACCUCAUAUGAUAGAUAUGAAAGAGUUUGCUUAUUACACUACUACCUUUGAUGCCUUAAAAAUCGACCUUGCUAAGUACCAAUCCACUUCUCUCACUCAACCCAACCCAACUCUAACUCUAACUCCAAUUCCAAACUCAGUCCAGCCUGAUUCCAUUACUACUAUGUUCUUGCGCAUUAAUGACACUCAAUUCUUAACUCAAGCAGAUCUGAAUACUAUUAUCUGCUGGGUAAGUUGCCGAUUCAAAAAUAUAACCUCACUCUGGCUGGCCAACUUUAAACUGACCGAAGAAGACCGAAAGAUCUUGGCUUCGUGCAAGUAUAUGAUCAAUGCUCUACCCUAUCUUCAGUUCAUUCAGAUAGAGGAUGCCACUUCCGACAAAGACCCACUUGAGCUAUCAUUGCAUCCCUAUUAUAACAAUCUGUUAGAAAUUACUUCAGAUCCUAUGCCCACAUUCCUCGCCGUAUCAUAUAAAGUGUUGUCUCAACUUUACACCUACUGUGACAAAAUUGAGGACCUAAUCCCCAAUUACGAUAGUUCCAAUGCAACUCUCCAUACCAUCAUAACUAGCCUCCAGAAACUGAAGAGGGAUGGCGAUGUGCCUUACUGUCCAUGUUGCAAUAGAACUCUUUAUAUGCCACCACAAGGAAAGCGAGCUAAGAAAUGGGAUAUUAAGAGGUUAUUUACUAUGAAAUUCAAUUCCCAAUUCAACUCAAAUACAAACAUCGACAUGCUUUUCUAUCUCGGCUGUGGAUGCCCAGUCUGCAUUCGUUGUCUCGAGAUAAGGCGCAAAAGCCAUGCCCAAUCUUGCACCAAAUGCAAGCAAAAUACAGGCACCUUCAACCGACUUAUAGGCAUUCCUUCGCCGGUCUUUAUCUUCCCCAAUAAUAGUGCCUGCGACUCUAAUGCCCAUUCCGAACUGCUUCAACCCGCACCAUGGAAGGAUAAUCACUGCUACUUCUACUUAUCGUACAAUAGCAUAGAGUCAUUAAUAGAUGCCCUUUAUAAGCAACCCCCUACGCACGUCUAUCAUACUCAAUGUAGAGAAGUCUGUAUAUCUGAACCUUGUACCCUCAUCCAAAUAACUAGUGCUUAA